CCAGGGAUGGCCGGCCUUGGCGAGGGGGUGGCAGGCGAGGUCACAGAUAUCUCCAAGUCGGCUACGGUGUGUGACGCGGCGGGGAGGAGCCUUUCCGAGAUCUGGAGCCGGGUUGACGUCAUCAGACACAUGGUGAAGAAUGGUCUUCGCUGGGAUGACUUGUAUAUAGGAUUCCAAACCUGGCUGCAGCAGGAUCCUGACAUAGACCAUCAUCUGUUUUGGAACCAUUUUCAAAUAAAACUACCUUUAACACCACCCAACUGGAGGUCCUUCCUGAUGCACUGUGGGUAGAGCAGACCUGAGCUUCCCAGGUAAGGCAUCCUGGAGGUCUGGGAGACACCCUUGUUGUAAACCUCAUCACACCCUUUCUGGCAUCUAAAUUAAGUAGGCACCAUACCUGCUAGAAAACCUGACUUUCGGGGGAGUGAGAAGAGCUAACAUUACAAGAAGAACAUUCAAGUUUAAAAAUAAGUAAAUAAAAUGAAUAGUGGGUGCAUCCAGUCCAAGUCCAUGGAAUCUUCAGUCUGCUUGAGGUGAACACACAGCCAGUUAAUAAACACGACAGAAAUUAUCCCAGGUAGUGAGUGUUCAGAGCUAAAUCCUGAACACAUGCAA